AUGUAUGCAAUCCUCGGAGCGGCCGGCAAAGUCGGCUUUGCAACAUCAUCCGCACUGCGCAAGGCUGGUGUCCCUGUCAGAGCGAUUCUUCGCGAUGCGUCAAAGGCGGCGCCACUGCGUGAAAUCGGCUGCGAGAUUGCUGUAGCCGACCUGCAGGAUUCCCGAGCCCUUGCGAAGGCAAUCGGGGAUGCAGACACGGUCCAAAUCAUCCUUCCUCCAUCCCCACAAGCCGAGGACACCGCCAAGGAAAUGCGAAGAGCCAUCGAGAAUCUGGCUUGUACGCUCGACGAGGCUCGCCCGAAGCGUGUUCUGGCGAUUUCUGACUAUGGGGCUCACAUCACUCAUGAUAUCGGGAUGCCUACCAUGUGCCGCACCUUUGAGGAGCGGCUUCGCCAACUAGACUGUCAGAAGGUGUUCCUGCGAUCGGCCGAACAUAUGCAAGGAUGGGGACGCGCCAUCCCAGCGGCGAUAGAGUCUGGCACUCUGUUGAGCUUUCACAACCCGGUUGAUAUGCCGUUUCCCACGAUUUCGGCACCAGACCUAGGCUUGAUAGCCGCUGAUAUUUUGUUGCAAUCUCCCAGCGACAAGGACGUGGAGAUUGUGCACGCUGAAGGCCCUCGCCGGUACAGCGCUCAAGAUGUUGCGACGGCAUUGGGCGAGUUGUUGGGCCGGACAUUCAAGGGGAAGGCUGUGCCUCGUUCACAAUGGAAGGGGGCUUUUGAAAGAGCCAUGAGUGUGACUCUCGCUGAACUCUUGAUCAAGGCUAAUGACGCUCAAAACAAGGGUGGCCUUGUCGACGUCGAGCCUAACACUGACAACGUUCGGUAUGGAACUACAGAAUUGGCCGACGCACUCCGGCCAAUGCUUCCAUCUCAGUAA